UCCUACUUUGGUUUUUGAGUGGUUUUGGGACACUUUCUAGGCAGACAGGAUUCCUGUUAAACACUGGCUAUGCCAGGCUGUAAAACCAUCUAAAAGAACAACAAAGUUAUUUUUUUAUUUUAUUUGAGUUUUUUUGUCAGCAGGGUUGUCUACUCAUUGCUAUGUUUUAGCCUUGGUUCAGUAUUGUUUAUCAGUGCAAGAUGAUGUUUUUAAGCUAUAAUGUGUACAGACCAUACGAGGUAUCUCUAAAUAAAUGGCAGCAAUUAACUCAGAAAUACUGGUUUUGCACUCUGUCACCUACCACUCCCUAAUACCUCCAGGGAUCACGUGAUUGAUAUUUCGAAGAAAUAAACUGCAAGGAUUUUCCAAGUAUAUCUGGUUUCCCACGGAUGAUUUCCCAUACCGUGAAUAUAUAUUGAGAAAGUUGUUUAACAUACAUUGUUUACUAUAUUUAGCUUAAAAGCGAGGAAGCGUGAGAUUAUUUAUCAUUUGUGACCUAGUUAGACUCUGGUGAAGAUGAAAAAGCUGACUGCCGUCGACUUGACCAAACUUGUAAAAGAUUUCAUCCAACUGGAGCAUAAAAUUACGGAGAUGAAAGGGGAAAAUAAUACUCUUGAAAUACACCUGGACGAGACUAGCAGACUUCUAAAAAUCGCUCAGAACAAAGAGAAACAGUUAAUUGAAGAGAGAGAUGGGCUUUUGGAAACUGUCAAAGGUCUACAACAAACCUUACAACAACAGUGCGACCUCAGAGUUGAAAAUGAAAGGCUGAAAAAUGAAGCUCUUCAGAUGAAGAAAGAAAACGAAGCUCAAUUAAAGGAAAGCAAUACUCGGCUUCAGAGGAUGGCAGCUGAAAUGAAAGCCAUACAAGAUCAACACCAGAGGGAGCUAAAAGACUGUGAUAAAGAAACACAAAGGAAACUGGAUGCUAAAGAGACAGAGUUGAAAGUGGCUCAUGAGAGAAAUGAAUGCGCUUUGGAGGAGAUGAGAAAGCAGAUGAGAGAGAAGGAGAAAGAAAUGCAAAGCCAAAUCAUUAAACUUCAAAUGGAGUUCGGAGCUAAGCUUGCAAGGGCCCAGAGCAUGUCCACAAAGAGUCAGCCGCAGACACAAGCAUCUGCUCCUCAUCCACAGAAUAUCUUUAAAAGAAAGCUCCAGUUCAUUCAGGAGGAGAAAAACAAAGAGAUUGAGGCUCUGCGUCAGAGGGUGAGAGAGUUGGAACAGCAGAGCCUUCAUGGAUUGAUGGACUCUCGUCUGAAGAGGAGGAAAAACUAAGACUUAUUUUGAUCUGACUGUUGAUAUGUGAGGGCCUUCAUCCAACUGUUUGGGAGUUGUAUUUAUUUUAAAACACAUUUCCCUCAGAAUAUGUUCUAAAUAUUUUUCAGUUAUGUUCUGUUGUGUUCUUAAUUUCUGUGCACGUGUUUAUUGCCUUUCCACUAAAAUAAAUGAACAUU